AUUUAAGUUUUCUGAAAGUUAACUCAUUUUAUUAUACGCUAUAGUAAACAUUGUUGUCCAUAUUACUUUACUAGUAUUUCUGUAGGCUAGUAUUCCUGUAGGAUAACUUCCUAGAAGUAAGGCUGCUAAAUCAUUAAACAUGUUUAAAGUGCCACAUGGCCCCCAAAUAUACCAGUUAACACUCCUCUCUCCUCAGUGUAUGAGGUUCCUCGUUUUCCCAUAUCAUCAACAUUAAAUAUUGCCUGUGUUCAGUUUUGCAAAUAACCGUUAAUUUGGAAAUGUGUGUGUCUUCAUUUGGUAGGAAAGUUGCCCAGAGAGAGGAGUUGUGUUUAGAGCUUGAUGUCUCUAGGAAAGGAAGGUGGGCUUGUCAUCUUGGCCACUCCUGGAAAUAGCUCAUUCUAGUUAUCUUCUUGUCAAGCGGAAGUGGGUCUCAGGGCUUGUUUCAUUUAGUGUGAGUGUUAAGGGCAGCUGCAGCAGCUGGCCAGGCUAGGUUCACACCUUGUAUGCUGUCCUGGUCAGAAAGGAACAGUUUCUCCUACCCAAAGCUACCGUUUGGGAAAAGGUGGCUUAUUUUCUCCUAGACCCAAUUAGAUUGGCUCAACCACCCUAUCUUACUUAGGAAAACAAGUUAAAUAGAAUCUUCUUUUUGGCUGGAAACUGCCCACUAAGUGGCUUUUAAAUAGCGAUCUGAAAAAUGAGUACACUAAGGGGUACUGAUUGGGCAGUGGGAACAGCAUGUGCGAAGGCACUGAGGUCGCACACAUCUUGGACAAACUGCAGGGGCACGUGGAGGAUGAACCAAGCCCGCCGGGAAAGCAGGGGCCAAAUUCCUUUAGGGAGACUCGUGCUGCGUGCGGAGACAGGCCUCCACCGUUUUGCUUCCUACUUUGGAGGACACAAGGCAUAUCUUGUUUCAAAGCUUCGCGGAGACUGAGCAAAGGAAAGGGGCGGGGGAGGGUCCUUUGUGAAUUCGCUGCUCACAUUUGGCAGUGGAAAAUCGAUCAAAUGGACCUUUCGUAAGUGAAACGUUCCUCUUGUGAAGCUGUAAACUGUUAAUACUAAGCCGGGGUGGGGUCAAAGCCAAACUGCGCAAAUGCAUUGCGCCUCCCAACCCGCGCUGGAGGGAGACCAGUCUCCAUCCGGGGCUUGUGCGCGUGUGCGGCCCCAGGGGGCGGGGCCCGCGCGCGUCUCGGUUGCCUGGAUACCGCUGCGCAACAAUAGCCGCGGCUUGCGCUCCAGUUGCAGGUCUGAGCUUAUAGCUAGAGCCGGCGGUUGGCCCUCAUUUCCGAGGAGCCCGAAGAGGCGCGGCACACCUAGAUUCUUCCCAGCCCAGUCCUGGCCUGCGGAGAGCGAUGCCGCUUCCCGACACCAUGUUCUGCGCGCAGCAGAUCCACAUUCCCCCGGAACUGCCGGACAUCCUGAAGCAGUUCACCAAGGCUGCCAUCCGCACCCAGCCCGCCGACGUGCUGCAGUGGUCCGCGGGGUAUUUCUCAGCUUUGUCAAGAGGAGACCCGCUUCCUGUAAAGGACAGAAUCGAAAUGCCGGUGGCCACUCAGAAAACAGACACAGGCCUGACGCAAGGACUCCUCAAAGUUCUGCACAAGCAGUGUAGCCACAAGGAAUAUGUGGAAUUAGCAGAUCUUGAGCAGAAAUGGAAAAAUCUGUGCCUGCCAGGGGAAAAAUUCAGAGCUGUCUUGGAGUUGGAUCCUUGCAAAAACAAAAUUGAAUGGAUAAAAUUUUUAGCGCUUGGAUGUAGCAUGCUUGGUGGGUCGCUGACGACCGCGAUGAAGCACCUGUGUGAGAUCCUGACCGGCGACCCCGAGGGCGGCGCCGCUUGCAUCCCGUUCGAGACCUUCUCCUACGUCUACCGUUACCUGUCGGGACUCGACUCGGACAUACCUGCCUCGGACACGGAGACCUAUCUGGCCUCUCUGAAGGAGAACGUAGACUCUAAAAAGAAUGGCAUGAUAGGACUUUCAGAUUUCUUCGUUCUACAGAGGAAAAUUUAGAAAACCUCGAAAAAGAAAACUCAGAAGACAUAGGCCGUUAAUACAGAGAAGAACACAAUUUAAUGUCAAAAUAGUGCUUUUUAAAACCUUGGCACCAAAUACAAUUUGUCAUUAACCACAUACAUAUGAAGUGUGAGUUUUUUCUCGUAGCAGAAUGUGGCCGAUGUGUCAUGGGGGCCUAUUUAAUGAUUAUUCUUCACCAAGUCCUUCUAAGAGCCUGAAAUGCAAAACAUCCUCCGCAGCGAAAUGAUCUUUUUGAGUAGAACAAUCUUUGGCCACUGCAGAGUGUGGAGGUGGGGUGGGCAGUUCAAAACCAGCUGUUUCUCCUCUUCCUUUGAAAGUCUGACCAGCAGGAAGGCCGAUGACCUCUGCUCCCUGCUCCUGCCAAAGCCGGAUCUUCUGUGACAGGAGGGCCUGGGGGCUCGCUGGCUGGAUGAGCAGCAGGGCUGGGAAGCAAACUGGACAAGCAGCUUGGACCAGCACGUGGUCUGCUGGACGGAGGCAAGCAUCCGAGACCCUUUCUUGCUUUCUUUAUAUAUAAAGUCUCAAACUGACAAGGCCAAUUAGUACAUCUCAGACUGUUUUUCUGAGAACGUGGGAAUGG